AUGUGGCUUCGACGUUAUGUUGAAGGUCAGGUGGAUAGGACACACAAGCUUCUGUCCCCCAGGUACCUUCUUCUGAUCCAAUUUGUGUGGGUGAUUCCGUAUUUAUUGGUGAGUUCAUAGAGAGGUCUUGCAAGGUGAGGCUAGCGGAUGAUUUACUUACUGAUUGAGGCUUCUCAUUAUUGCGCGAUGAGAUUAUUUCAAUUAUAGAAACUGCAUUUAACCAAUUUUUUUAGUGUUCUAACUAUUUGGAGCGAUCCCUUCUUCCCUUUCGUCUUGUGUGUUAUACUGAACCACAGUUUUUGGAAGUCCAGAGGCCAGUCCGAGAAGAUCGUCAAGAAUGUAUCAAGUAUUUUUUCCCUGAAAGAAUCGCUGAUCCUGGUUGUAAUUUCAAUCUGAAAGUAGAGCAUUUAUUAAAGCCACCGAAGACAAAAUUGGAAAACCUGGAGAGGGUGAUGGUCAUCAGGACGGCCCCCUCGGCUCAUGCUUACCGCAAUUAUAUCAGAGAGACUUGGAAACCACUGGUCGAACAGUGGAUGCCCGUCAUCUUUGUUAGUGGGACUGACAGAAAUGACAUGUCCUUGGAGCAUGAACAACAUGGAGAUAUUUUGCAGUUCAACUUUGUCGACUCUUAUCAGAAUCUGACUAUGAAAAUGAUGUCCAUCUACAGGUUCGUGCUGGAAGAGACUUCGGCCGAACAGAUUGUUGUCAUAAAUGAUGACACAAUUGUGAAUGCGACCUCUUUGAUGACGGUUUGUGAUGAGCAGAUGUUCAAUUCGGAUUCAAUCCAAGGAUAUAUCCUAGGGAAAGUGUCUCGAGGGUACCCUCGACUCUUCUUCCCAUGGUUGCCUUGGUAUGUUUCUUCAGAGACAUACCCACACAAGUGUUAUCCCCCAUUUGUUCAGGUGAGUUUGUCCAUUUUAUGUUAUCGUUUGUCUUCAGGGUUCAAGUUUUGUGAUCUCAAGGCCUGCUGCCGCCUCCAUUCUCAAUCAUAUUUGUGAAUUCCCCUUCGUUCAUCUUGAUGACAUCAUGAUGGGCAUUGUUUCCAAUUGUUUGAACAUCAGGAACGUUCACCGGGACGGGUUCGACCAACAUUACUUAGAACGAUUUACAGUUUUCCAUUAUCAGUAUUCCCGUUACAGUACUCAGGAAAUGAGAGAUUCAUUCUCACGAAUAAAACACGACUUGUAUUCUGUGUGA